CUUUAAGUUUGCUUUCAAUAUUUAUAUAACUGAUGAGUGUUAAAGUUGGUCGAUUUUUUAUCCGAAGAAAAUAUGUUUUCAAAUGUGCUUUGUUUGGUUAUAAUAACUGUUUUAGCAGGGAAAUGCUUAUCCGCAAAAUGCAGCUCCGAUAAAAAGUCCGACAUUGUAUUUCUCAUCGACGGUUCAGCAAGUGUUUCUUCCGAAGGGUUUCAGAAAAUAAAGGAUUUCAUUGGCCAGUUCCUUACAUUGUUCCCUGUUGGACCUUCUGAGACGCAGAUCGGUAUAAUGGUGUUUGGGGAUGACGCUCAUAUUGAGUUCCAUCUUAACGCACACGGAUCCGCUGCUGACGUUACUAAUGCUAUACAGAACAUACGCUUUCCGGAGGCCGGUACCGAGGUGAUAGCUGCGGCCAUGCGGUUGGUACGCAGUUCUAUGUUUACUGGCAACGGGAGAAGACAGAACGCCGAAGGAGUUGUAAUCUUGUUGACUGACGGAGGAAGUAUCACGUCUCCUGAAAACAUAGUAGCAGCCGAUGAGUUAAAAGCUGACGGUGUCACUAUAUAUACAGCUGGCGUCUCCAAAGGCCCGAAUAAUGUUCAAACGGAAAUGGAACUGCUGGCGUCAAAGGUCGAAUACUUCUUCCGUGUGGAUGAUUUCGGUGCCUUCGAUAAGUUGCAGGGUCCACUUGCAGUUACAGCGUGCAACAAUACCGGCGGAUGUCUGUGUUUUAACGGUGGCUCUUGUGUUCCGGGCCAUACAUCCUGUCAGUGCCACCCAGCGUUCACCGGUUGGAGCUGCCAGUACAAUAUUUGUUCUGCUGUCUACAGCCCGUGUCGUCCUCACGGAUCGUGUCAUGUGAAUGGAAAUGACUAUACAUGCACGUGCGACCCGGGAUUUACCGGGAACCACUGUGAUAUAGAUAUAGACGACUGUGCCAGUUCCUCGUGUCUUAACGGGACCUGCGUGGACGGGGUGAACUGGUUUUAUUGUGCGUGUUUUCCUGGAUACACGGGAAGAUUUUGUGAUGAAGAAAUCGAUGAGUGUGCCUUGAACACGCCGUGCAGGAACGGUGCCACGUGUCACGACCUCAUCGCCGAUUUCCGAUGCACAUGCGUGCACGGUUACACCGACAAAUCCUGCUCCACCGACAUCAACGAGUGCGCCAGCGUCCCAUGUCAGAACAAUGGCACGUGUCAGGACCGCGUGAACGACGUCGAGUGUCAAUGUCCCGUGGGCUACUACGGCUGGUUUUGCGAAACAGCAACCUGUCAGCCGACUAUGGCGGACGUCAUCUUCCUUUUAGACUCCUCCAUCAGCCAGACUGAAGACGACUUCAAGAAGCAGCUUGCUUUUGUCAACCAGUUCAUUGACCACGUGGUCGUCGACGAGAGAAACUUCCGGGUAGGCGUGGUUACGUUCUCCUUUAAGGCGCACCUGGAGAUUGGCCUCAAUGACUACAAAGACAAUGUCACACUGAAGGAGGCUGUCAACAAUAUCACCUUCAGACCUGGCGGGACGCUAACACAUCUUGGAUUGGAUGAAGUCACUAAGCAUGUGCAUGAUAUAUUGCCAGAGCGGCUGUUUGGGAAAAAAGCGAAGCGAUACGUGUUCCUCCUAACCGACGGCAUGUCCACUAAUCGCCAGAGCACACUGCAGGCUGCUGCAAAACUCAAGACAAAUGUCACAAAGGUUUUGGCUAUAGGUAUUGGCUCGGAGGUUUCCCAAGAUGAGCUGCUUGGCGUGGCCUCCCCGGGGGACGAGCGGGCUCCCGGGUACGUGUUUUCCGUGCACAACUUUAACGCUCUCUAUACAGUCAUAGAGCAACUGGUCGCCCUCACAUGCGACGAGUGUUUUUGGAAUACAUCAAGUGAUGUUACAUUUCUACUGGAUAUGAGGUCAGAUAUAAGUGAUCUUGACUUCAGCCAAGCAGUAGAUGCACUGACCUAUAUUCUGACGGAUACCCUUAAUAAAAACUUCAACGUCACAGUCCGCCUAGCCUUGGUUUCGUAUGACGAUGAACGCGUCCAAAUUCAUCGUCAUUUGACAGACACGGCAACCACUGACAGCUUGAUUCAAUACAUACAGACUUUGACAGUGAUUCGGUCUUGUGAUGGAGGAAGUACCGGGUCUUGUGGUUCUUUAAACAUCAACACACUAGAUAAAGCACUUCAUAAGAUAGAACAUGAUAUAUUCAGUGAAAGUGCAGACGAUACGCGACAGAUCAUUAUACUGCUAACGAAUGGUGAUCCACGCGUUUCAAGGGGACCCGGCUCGACACUGGCCCGAUUGAAAGGUUCGGGCCGGCUUGUGUUUGUGGUGGGGGUCGGGGAAGGAUUCAAGAUUGAGUCUGCACAGGGGCUAGUCAGCGACCCCGCCUAUAUUUUUGUGUCUCGUUUUGGAGAGACCCACAGAAAUCUGGACCUGAUUGCAACAGAAGUGUUCUACAGCUCGUGCCAACUUUCGAAUGACUUUUGAAACAAACUUACUGUUACAUGUUUUAAAUUGAUUUUGUAUCUAUUGAAAGAUUAAUUUUGCAUCGUCGGUUCCAUCUAUCAAUGGGACAGGUUUUUCAAUACACAAGAUAAAGGCAUUUCUUUAAAGAGUUUAUGUGGUCGACCUUUGUGGACUCGAUCAGAACUUAAGGAAAAGGAGAGUCACUGAUUGCAAAAUAAGUUUACCAAAUGUUGUGAUGGCUACUCAAGUUUACACACAUGGAGAAAUUAUAAUAUUUUCUUUAUAAAUACAGACGCCAAAUGUUCCAAGCGGAAUUUCAGAUACCGCGUAGGAAGAAAGUGAUCUGAGCAUGUGCAGAUCUGAUUUAUAUACGGGUUGGAAUUUUCCUUUUUAUACUCCAGGUCACAAAAAGGUAUAACUAGUAUAUACC